CGCGCGCUUACGAUUCACUGUCCAACAACCAGAGAAAUAGUACACAAAAAACUUUGGCGGCUCUCAGACCAGAUCAGAACCCCGACAACCCGCCCUUUUCACAUUCGUACCUCAUCUUACAUCUUCCGUCCACUUCUGCCGGUACGCGAGACCACAUGGUUUACUAGCCGAGAGAGAGAGACUAGGGAGUAUAUAAGAGUACGGAAUACAUCGAGCCGCGAUGCGUCUGAGCGACCUUCUCCCGCUCGCUCUCCUCCCCCACUGCACAUCCGCUGCCGCCGGGGAGCCCGUUAUUAAGAGGACAGCAGUACGCAAUGAUGACGUGACCAUCAGCGCACGGGCGCGCCCCGACGCGCCCGACGGCUAUGCGCCGGCCGUCGUGCCGUGCCCGCAGGACAAGCCGACCAUCCGGAGCGCCAGCUCGCUCUCCAAGAGCGAGAGCGACUGGCUGGCUAAGCGCCGCCCGCUCACCGUCGAACCCAUGAUCCAGCUCCUCAAGCGGGCCAACAUCGAAGGGUUCGACGCCGAGGCCUACAUCAACCGGGUCGCCGAUGACGUCAAGGACCUGCCCAACAUCGGCAUCGCCGUCUCGGGCGGCGGCUACCGCGCCCUCAUGAACGGCGCCGGCUUCAUCGCCGCCGCCGACAGCCGCACCCCGGGCUCGACCGACAAGGGCGGCAUCGGCGGCCUGCUCCAGGCGAGCACCUACCUGUCCGGCCUGUCGGGCGGCGGCUGGCUGGUCAGCAGCAUCUAUGCCAACAACUUCACCACCGUCACCGCCCUGCGCGACGGCAGCGAGGACAGCAGCGUCUGGAAGUUCGACAGCUCCAUCUUCACGGGGCCCGACCUGCCGGGCAUCCUCGACACCGCGAGGUACUGGGCCAAGGUGGCCAGCCAGGUCGCCUCCAAGAAGGACGCCGGCUUCGAGACCUCCAUCACCGACUACUGGGGCCGCGCCCUGUCCUGGCAGCUCAUCGACGCCCCCGACGGCGGGCCCUCGUACACCUUCUCCAGCAUCGCCGACGACGACGACUUCUCCAACGCCCGCACCCCCUUCCCCAUCCUGGUCGCCGACGAGAGGGCCCCCGGCCAGAAGAUCAUCUCGCUCAACGCCACCGUCUUCGAGUUCAACCCGUACGAGAUGGGCUCCUGGGACCCCACCACCUUCGGCUUCGCCCCCAUCCGCUACCUGGCCUCCAACUUCUCGGCCGGCGUCGUCCCGCGCGACGGCAACUGCGUCCGCGGCUUCGACUCGAUCAGCUACAUCUUCGGCACCAGCAGCUCCCUCUUCAACGCCUUCCUGCUCCAGAACAUCACCUCGGUCGACGGCGUGCCCGACUUCCUCGUCGACGCCGCCACCGCCGUCCUCGAGGGCAUCAGCGCGGAAGAGAACGACAUCGCCCAGUACGUGCCCAACCCGUUCCUGGGCUGGAACCGCCAGGCCAACCCGGCCGCCGAGUCCGACUCGCUCGACCUCGUCGACGGCGGCAUGGACCUCCAGAACAUCCCCCUGCACCCCUUAAUCCAGCCCCUCCGCGCCGUCGACGUCAUCUUCGCCGUCGACUCCUCCGCCGACACCACCUACUCGUGGCCCAACGGCACCGCCAUGCGCGCCAGCUACGACCGCUCCCACGGCGACAUCGCCAACGGCACCCUGUUCCCCCCUGUCCCGGACGACCGCACCUUUAUCGCCCACGGCCUCAACAACCGCCCCACCUUCUUCGGCUGCGACGUCGACAACUUCACCCUCUCCUCCUCUUCCACCGCUCCCCCCUUGAUCGUCUACCUGCCCAACGCCCCUUACACGGCCUGGUCCAACGUGACGACCUUCACGCCCUCGUACUCGCUCGCCGAGCGCAACGCCAUCAUCCGCAACGGCUACAACGCCGCGACCCAGGGCAACGGCACCCUGGACGAGCAGUGGCCCGUCUGCGUCGCCUGCGCCGUCCUGAGCCGCUCGCUCGCCCGCACCGGCACCGCCGUCCCCGACGCCUGCCGCGCCUGCUUCGACCGCUACUGCUGGAACGGCACGGUGGCCGACGCGACCGCGAACGUCGCCAGCGGCGCCGGCGGCGAGGAGUACCAGCCCACCUUCAAGAUCGACAACGGGUCCGACGACGACACGUCCGCCGGCGCCAAGGUCGCCCUCGCGGGGAGCCCCGCCUGGGCUGCCCUGUUCGUUGGCUUGGUCGCCGCCGUCGUCAUGCUGUGACGAGGUGUCCAACAAGUCAGCUAGCUUAUAAGAGACGAUUGCUUUUGUUUUCUUUUUUCUCAUUUAUCCCCCCUUUUUCUUGCCCCAUAUCGCAACCGUCUCUGCUCUUUUUUUUUUGUUUCCAGUUACUGUGUGUAACACCUUUGUAAAAUUUUCUUUUGGGUGAAAAAAACAAGGGUUUGGGAGGGGAGGGGAAGGGGGACACACGGGAGUAGAACGAUACCACGAAAUCCGGGCGUGUCUCAUCAUGUAUC